UUCAGACACAGGAAAGAGAGAGAACAUUAUUUGGACAAAGGAAAGGACCAGUGAAAGGAAGGCUAGAGGAACGCAGGCAGGGGAGGAAUGAAUGAGAGCAAAAUGACAAAAUGAAACCCCAUCACUGUGUAUACUAACUUCAAAAAAUAACUUCGGGGCUGGUGAGAUGGCUUCGCAGGUCAAAGCACAAGUUACACAAGCCUAAGGACCUGAGUUCAAUUCCCAGAAGCAGGAGUGUGAGCAGUUCCCAGCUAGUAAGAGAGUCCAACAACUCAAGACCUCUCCAUCUUGAUGCUCCUUGAUUUCCCAGCAUCCCGUCCUUUAUUACUGAAGGACGCUGCCCUCCCCUUUACACUCCAGAAUGCUGACCUCUGCAUCUAUAUCACAGCCAAUAGAAGAGAAAGGGGUGAAAGGACCUGUGGCUUUAAGAUCACAGCUAGCUGCAAGGAAAGCCUUUAAUGAAGUUAAACACAGAACAACAAGGUCCUUCUGAGGGCGGCCCUCCCAUGAAGCUGACAUAAGCAUACCUGGCCUCCACGCUCACGGCACAGCUUUCUCGGGAGAUGAAGCUGCUUAGCCUCCCUCUACUCACAGUGACCAUUCUUCUUUGCUGCAACAUGGCUCAGGCUAUAUUCUGGAGGAAGAAGGCUUUAUCCAAACCUGGCUUUUGCCCAGAGUUUCAUCUUCCCUGCCCUUUUGUCCUCGUGCCCAAAUGCAGGCGUGAUAGAGGCUGCAGUGGCUCCCUAAAGUGUUGCUUCUACUACUGUCAGAUGCGCUGUGUGGUUCCAUGGGACAAUUCUGAUUAGACAAACCUGAGAAGACGCGUGUGAUAUAGUCUCAGUCGAGUCUAGCCGGCCUCCGGUUCCCCUCAGAUAGGUCUAUCCUGAGACGAAAAAUUAAGUGCUUGUCAGCAUGGAUACAAAAUAAAGGAGUA